AUGAUAAUUAAAAUGCCAUAUAUUACUACGGGAGGAGCAAAGAACCUACCUUUAUACAAGGGAGGUACAACAAUCGAUAAUUCUAUCAUGUACUCUUAUGUCAUUUCACCUGCUUGUAAUGUUAUAGUAGAGAUUUUCCCUAAAAGCUUUCAGUAUAUCACAGCAACAGGAUUUGUUUGUAAUUUUGUAGCAUUGUAUUUAGUUUCAACAUUAAUUGGAUCGGUGGUUGAUAGCAAGGAUGGACCACUCGACGAUUCAAACUAUCGUUGGGUUCACUUUGCAGCCGCCUUUUUAAUUUGGUUUUAUAUGAUGAUGGAUAAUAUCGAUGGUAAACAAGCCAGAAGAACUAAAACUUCAUCUCCACUUGGUGAAUUAUUCGAUCAUGGUUGUGAUUCAUUCACUGUUGGUUUGGCAACAUCGGUAGUUGGAUUAUCAGUUGGAUUAACAUUAUGGGAAAUAUUUUUUGUAUUUAUUCUAUCUACCAUUCCAUUCUAUUUGGCACAUUGGGAGGAAUAUUUUACACACCAUUUAAUCUUGGGAAUGUUGAAUGGACCAACCGAAGCUGAAUGUGCUAUUAUUCUAUUCUGUUGUUUGACUGGUAUCUAUGGUCAACAACUAUGGUACACUCAAAUCGAUAUUCUCGGACAUGGCAUUCGUCUCAAAGAGAUUAUGUUUAUCAUCAUGUCUGUCACCUCAAUCUCCACCUCUCUCCAAAGUAUUUAUUCGGGAUGUCGUAAAGCUGUUGCCAUGAAGAUUCCACUCCUCAGAGCAUUCUCUCAAUUACUACCAUUCACUCUUUUCCUCGUACUCGAAUUCAUCUGGGUCUACAUUUCACCUCAACUCUAUCUUGAAUAUCCAAUUGUUUUCAUUUUAGCUUCUACUUUUAUUUUCUCUUAUUUAAAUUGCCGUUGUAUUGUACAAAGAAUAUGUUCAGAAGAUUUUAGAAUGUUUUAUAAACCAUUGAUUUUCUUGAUUACGGCAGUAUUCAAUUCGGUACUUAUCAAAUACGCCGGAAUUGUUAUUGUAUCAGAAGAAUAUGCACUCUUUGGAUUAUUUGGAAUCAGUCUUGUAUUCAUGGUUCAUUUUACUUAUACUAUCAUCCAAGAGAUGUGUAGUAUAUUAAAAAUUCGUGCUUUUACUGUACCAAAAGAAAAACAAGUUUAA